AUGGGCAUGAACUCUGUUAGCGUGAGCAUGGUGUGUAUGAUCACCAUUCGCAUGACCACCAUUGGCGUGACUGUGUCCAAAAAUUGUUACGUGUUUAAAAUCAAGAUCAUGAUGAGCAUGUAUGCUCGUGGACCCACACAUGGGUCCGGAGAGGACCCCGUGGUGUCAGGUCUGCAGGUCUGUCUGUACAGUGUGCCCAGGAGAUGCCACCAAAGCCCAGAGAUAACUCACUCCUUGGGAGAUGAUCUUGGGAGGACAACUGUGCCACUGGACCAGGGCCACUGUACUGACUUCGCUUUAACUGUCCCCAGCAAAGACUCCGCAGGCGCAGUGUUGGGAUGUCCUGACGAGGUGGGCUCGGUACCCGGCCUCGAGCCCUACAGAAUCCUGGGGCUGUCGGGACGCGCUGACAAGUUCGCAGACACCCACUCUGUCCCAGCAGCCCCGGUAGACAUGGACCAGUCCAGCCUGUCUGGGGGCAUGCGGCCCUGUGCACCAGGGCGGGAUUGUGGGUGGGAGGUGCUGGCUGUGGAUGGGGUCAAUGUGGACUUCCAGCCAGCUGCCCGUGCCUCCUUCUUUCCACUGCCUUGUGGUGUGAAGGUCAUCAGACACAUCUUCCAGGAAGUGCUGAGCCUCGCCGGUCCCCUCUGUGACCGAAGUCCCAGAAGCUCCUUGGUCUACUUCCUGCCGGGGCUCUGCUCUCGCACUCCAGAUGGGUCUUCCUCCCCUGCAGCCCCUCUCUCCUCCAUCCCCCCGCCACACUCCAGCCACAUGAGGCCAUUUGGCCACUACCCCAAGAAGAUGCCCUUUAUCAAGCUUCUCCUUAAGGGUGGAGGGGUGAGGCUAGGUAUGGUUCAGGGCAUGUGGCAAAGUGAGGCAGAUGGGUGUGGGCUGCUCGUGCUGGGCUGCUGGCUGGAAAGGACACAGGUGUGCAUGGCGUGUGGGCUGGGCCCUCUGGGCGAUGGAACUUCUCUGGGCAGCGGGGCCUGUCCCUGUGUAGCUGUGGGACGGCAGCAGGGACAGGAGAGCCAGGCUCAGCUUCAGAUGCAGAAGCCACACUCCCUGCUCCCGGGACCCGUCUUCUCGGAGCACCUGCGAGGGCUGGUGGGCCCCACGCCUCGGGGGGCCCCGUGUGGCCGAGGAGCCCCUGAGGAGGAGUCGGGCCUUGACCGCCCAGCGGUGUUGCCGACCCCCACGCUGGGGAAGGAGAGCGGCGUGGGCUCUGGGGGGAUCCGGGUGCUGGAGAACUCGGCUCUGGCAUCCGCUCCCCCGCAAGACGCGGCAAUGACAGAAGCCGCCAAAACCACCUUGGUGACUCACGGCCUAACACACCUUCGUGAGGAAGAUGGCGCCAGCCUCUCCUCCCAGGAGCGGUGUCCCAACGAGUCAGGGACCAGCAGUUUCCAGAAACUCAUGUUGCCAACCCCAGAGAUAAAGAGCUCCAUGUCUAUCCGUUGGCCUGGCCGCUCCCUCGGAAGCCAUGCUUGGAUACUGAUAGCCAUGAUGCAGCUUGCUGUGGAUUUUCCAUCCUGUGAGUCCUUGGGUCCUGGCCCCGAGUUCCGGCUCCUGCCGCGGCCCCCACAGCGGCCCCCACGGCUCUGGAACCUGCGAAGCGGGCAGCCGGCCCGGAUCCCCACGCCCGUGUGGAGCCCACGGGCAACCCGCACAGAACGGGCCCACGGACAGAUGCAGACGCCUCGUGUCCGGCGGGCCCACAGGCCUCGGGACCAAGUGGCCAUCCUUGUGCCCAAAGCAGGUCUUUCUAAGCCCCCAGCUGCUGCCAAAUCCAGCCCUUCUCUGGCCUCCACGUCCUCCUCCUCCUCUUCCUCCUCCUCCACCAUGGCUGGCGGGGUGGCCGAGCAGCAGAGCCUCCUGCGGCGGGGCCGGCGGCACAUACAGGACGUGGCGUUCAACAGCUUUGACUUCAGAGGCAGCAGGCCCACCACAGAGACUGAGUUCAUUGCCUGGGGCCCCACGGGGGACGAGGAGGCCCCAGAGUCCAACACGUUUCCGGGCUUGUUUGGCCCCACCACCAUCUCCACCUUACAGACACGGAAGACAACUGUGGGUACCACCACCACCACCACGGCCUCCACAACCACCACGGCUACUGCCGUGACGCUGCAGACUAAGGGGGUCACGGAGUCCCUGGGUCCCCGGAGAAAGAUCCCUGUUGGGGUUAGCACAACGGAGCCUUCCACCAGUCCCAGCAGCAACGGGAAAGACAGCAAGCCCCCAAGGAUUUUGGGGGAGACCUCAGGUCUGGCUGUGCAUCAGAUCAUCACCAUCACCGUCUCCCUCAUCAUGGUCAUCGCUGCGCUCAUCACAACUCUUGUCUUAAAAAAUUGCUGUGCCCAAGGUGGGAACACGCGGAGAAACAGCCACCAGCGGAAGGUCAACCAGCAGGAGGAGAGCUGCCAGAACCUCACCGACUUCACCCCGGCACGGGUACCCAGCAGUGUGGACAUCUUCACGGCCUACAACGAGACCCUGCAGUGCUCGCACGAGUGCGUGCGGGCAUCUGUGCCCGUCUACACCGACGAGACACUGCACCCGGCUGGGGAGUACAAGUCCACAUUCAACGGAAACCGAUCUUCCUCUGCGGAUCGGCAUCUCAUCCCUGUGGCCUUUGUGUCUGAGAAAUGGUUCGAAAUCUCCUGCUGACUGGCCGAAGGCUUUUUUACCUCCUGGGGGCAGGGCAGACGCCAUGUGUCUAUUUCAUGGAUCCCGUUGGUGAACCUGUAAAAACAAAACAAAAAUACAAAACCUAAAACUAGACUAUCUAAGGGAAGCUGCCAUUCU